UUCUAAUUCAAAAAACAGAGAAAAAACCCUAUUUUCGUCUCUUUUCCCUCUCUAUCGGUCUCUUGGAUUUCUCAUCAUCCCAAUAAUCAAUCAGUCAACUUUCGUCGUCGUUUGGGUAUUUGGAGCCAUGGCUGCCUGCGCUAGCGUCGUCAAGCUCAACGCCUCAUCUUCCAACUGCAUCACUAAACACUCAUCCGCUCAGUCACAUGGAUCAUCCCACGCGCCGAGUCACCAUCCCGAUCCUCGCCGGGGCUUACACUGAUGAAUUCGUUAAAAGUUAAAACCUCUGUGGCUUAGAAAACAAGGUAGAAAACUUGCUCAUAUGGACAGGGACGAAAACAGCAACAGAUUAACUGUCUCACAGAAUGAUUGGUCCGAAUCCGACCAUGCUCGGAGACCUUCAGUAGCAUUUGAUUGUGUUGUUGCUUCAACCUUGGUGAGUGCAGGCAUCCAGGAGGGUUCUUCUGCAUCACAUCCCAGUGUUUGCUCUAUCAGUGCGACAAGAACUCAGCAAGCGCAAAAGCCGAUGGGAUCAGGUAUCAUGGGAGUAUCCAGUAGUGACAAAUCCAGCUUCUAGUUCUCUUCAACGUAAGGAACUGAAUGUGGAGUCUAGCUCAUUACCCCAGACGAGCACGAGCACAGAGGACAAAGUUGUAUCUGGCUGUACAAAUGAUCAAUAUCAGCUUGAUAAAGUUGAUCUAGCUCAUGAUGUAAAACAGAAUACUGCGGAUGAUGAUGAUGAUGUUCCACCAGGGUUCUCAUCUCCCCUUAUGUCUACUAUGGGAAUGGGAUUAUCACUUGGUCCCUCAAUAGUUUUUGGGCAUCCACAGGAGAAAUUUCUCUCUGGCUUACCUGUUUCAUAUGGAGUUCCUCUGUCCAUCAUACAACAAUUUGGUGCACCUGAAACUGUGGGAAGUUGGGUUGUUGCUCCCGGAAUGCCUUUCCUUCCCUUUCCACCAUUGCCUUCACUUCCUCGUUGUAAGAAAGACUCUUCACCAUCUGAGAACAGACACUGUCUGACGAUUAAUCAACCUGCAGAAGACUUGAGUUCAUCAUAUCUAUCACUUUCAGGUGGACCAAAUCACUUUCUAGCUCAUGAUGUAAAACAGAAUACCGCCACCGAUGACGAUGAUGAUGUUCCACCAGGGUUCUCAUUUCCCCUUAUGCCUACUAUGGGAAUGGGAUUAUCACUUGUUCCCCCAAUGGUUUGUCAUUUUCAUUGUCCUCCUGACACUGCUGUUGGGCAUCCACUGGAGGAAUUUCUCUCUCACUUACCUGUUUCAUAUGGAGUUCCUCUGUCCAUCAUUCAGCAAUUUGGUCCACCCGAAACUGUGAGAAGCUGGGUUGUUGCUCCCGGAAUGCCUUUUCUUCCCUUUCCACCACUGCCCCCCACUUCCUUGUGGUAAGAAAGACUCUUCUUCACCAUCUGAGAACGGGCACUGUCUGUUGAGCUGGUAGCCUGUUAUCAAGCUGUUGGAUAGAUCUAUCACUUUCAAGCUUUGAAGACUUGAGUUCAUGAGAUCUUUAGGGAUUUUUCAAUGUAUAUCGUUGCGGGGUUUCCAUGAUUCAUUUUUGUAAGUUUCAAACUCAAAAGUGGUUGAUCAUUACCAACAAAGUCACCUGACAACUCAAGGCCAGACAUCUUAGACAAAAGUGAAAUUUCAGAUGGAAUCUAACCUUGGAAGAAAGAAGAACUCAAGCGAAGAAAUUUCAACUCCCAAAAUAUUCCCAUGGCAGUGGGAUUUGGAGAGAAACUGAAGUUAUUGUAAUUAAGAUUAAGCGUCUGGAGAUGAACAAGGUGAAAGAGAGUGUUGUUGGAGUGGAUAGAGCCCUAGAGACAAGAACGCUCUAGGUUAAGGCCAAUGACAUGACCAGUCAAAUCGUCGUUGUCAACACCAUCCCAUAUGAGCAGCAAUUGGUACCGUUAGAUCCCCAAGUUGAUGUCUAGUCUGGCAAUGUAUUUGAAAGCUUUGGUUGAAAUGGAUCAAAGCAUUCCUCUCUUUACCACGGCUAAAAGGCUGCACAGAAUUCACAAAAGGAUAAUGAUGAGAGAGUAAAAGGAAAGUACAAAAAGUUUUGAAAACUUC